AUCAUCAUGAUCGUGAAUGUCGACUUGUUAGCUCUGGCGACCAAUUUGACCUAUCUUUCCUCCUUGACUGCAAUCUCUCUCCUCGCCUACGACCCCAGGUUCACCGCCAAUGUCUUGGGUCCAGACGUCUCGGCUCGACAAUUGUACGACCUGCCCUGGCAAGCUUUUCACGAAAUGGGAACCUACCACAAAGCCUCCAAUGCCGUCUACAUUACUUCCAACUACAAUUCACUGCAAAAUCCCAUCAACGUCACCAUCCUCAACCUCGACGAUUACAGCUUAAGCUCUACUCGUUACGAUGGAUUGUAUGAGGCGAACGGAGGCACCGGUUAUUUUCCUCCGGGAUCAGAUGCCGUCACCCCACCCAAAUUGCUCUUCUGCGACGAGGGGGAUUUUGAACAUGCCUCGGCUCUUACAGUUGUCGAUCCCACCACCAACGAGUCAGAGGUCAUUCUGAACAGCUUCCUUGGUCGGAACUUUUCCUCCGUAAAUGAUGUGCGGCAACAUCCGGAAACGGGUGAUCUUUGGUUCACUGAUGCCGACUAUGGUUGGUUCCAACAUUUUAGACCGGAGCCAGUUAUUCCAAAACAAGUUUAUCGAUUUGAGCCCGCUACUGGAGUCCUUCAGGUAGUCGCAGAUGGCUUUGUCGAGUCCAAUGGUCUUGAGUUUUCUCCGGAUCUUAAGACGUUGUAUGUCAGUGACACUGGAUCGGGACAAUUCUCUACGAAUCUGACUAGACCUGGUACGAUUUACGCUUUCGAUAUUGUUGGUAAGAAACGUCUACAAAACAGACGAACAUUUGCUUUUGCCGACACUGGUACUCCGGAUGGCGUUCAUACCGACCUUGAUGGCAAUGUUUGGGCAGCUUGUGGGGAUGGUGUUCAUAUAUGGGAUCCAGAAGGAAUUUUAUUAGGAAAGAUUCAUCUUGGAGUUGCUAGCAAUAAUUUUGCGUUUUUACCUGGAGCUGUACUUAUAUUCAGCAACUACCAGCUUUGGAUUGUUGAGAAUAUAAAGGCAGUGGGGAGGGAAAUUUGUCGAGAUUUUGGA